AGUUUUCCUUCUUUGCUGUCAGUAAGAAGUUAUAUUUUGUCACGAAAUAAUGUGUUCCGUGACUCUCUCUAUGUUAACUCUUAUAGCUUUGGUGAUUUUCCAUAAAGGAUUAUCCCAGCUCUUGGAUGAAAACUGCAUCGACCAAGGAGGCUCUGCUUCUUGGAUGGCAAGAAUAUACAGUACCAUGGGUUUCGUUUGCAGUGGAACAUUAGUUCACAAACGUUUCGUCCUUACAGCUGCUCACUGUGUAAAGGGACAGAAAACACUAUAUGUGAACUUGGGCAUGGCGUCAUAUUAUGUACAUACAGUUUCUAUUCAUCGGAAUUUCAAUGACACGACUAAUGAUAUAGCAAUGCUAAAACUAAACAAUGAAGUUAUUUUCAAAACUAACAACCGCCCUAUUUGCGUUGUCUUAGAUGAUGAGGUUAUAUCAGCGGCUAUACCAAUAUUCUCGGCUUACGGCUGGAAUGAAUCGGUUUCGGGAUCAGGCAGUCAGCCAAUCCUGCAAAGCCUUUAUGUUACCCAAAAGAAUGAGAACGAGUCGCAACAUGGCCGGACGCAGAUCUUGAUCACUGGACGAUCAGUCGAUUCCGGCUCUCCACUGACGGCAACUUUAAAUUACCGUGGAAAAAUAAUCAUCGCACAGUUUGGGAUCAUGAGCUAUGGCCAUGAUCCUAGUGUCUAUACAGAUGUUACGUCCUUUAAGACUUGGAUAUCUAGUCGAAUUAAAGCAUCUGAGCAAAAUUAGCAGUUAAGAAAGUGAAUGAAAAAAAAGCAUAGAAUUUACACCAUCAAACAAUCGCUCAUAGAAAAUAAUGAAAUUUGUGUCGAGGAACCAUAUUUGGGAACAUUUCAAAAGAUGAAAACCUUUUUUUUGAAAUAAUUAGUCAAAAUAUAAAUGAUUUAAUACUUUUUACAAAUA